CCUCUUGGUGGCAGUAGCGUGCCGCUGGAGGGCGCCGGGUGACGUUCGGAGCGACGCAGCCGCAGUAAACACAUCAGAUUGUCGCGGCUCAAAGCAGCAGCUACGUGGAUCUAAACAUAAAGGCACGUCCUUCCACCUCUAGAGAUGUGUUUGUCCCGUCUGAUUUAGUGGAGGACUUUAGUUGACUCCCCCCACCCCCUCCACCUUAUCCUCGAAGACCACCUCCUUCCUCGUCCUCCUCAUCCUCCCUCCGGCCGCCCCUGUGAUGCCUCCCUUGUGCUGUGGCUACCUGUCACAGUUCACCCAUCAUCACCUGGUUGUCUUUCUCCUCACCUUCUUUAGCUAUGUGUUGCUGCACGCCUCCAGAAAAACUUUCAGCAACGUGAAAGUGAGCAUCUCGGCCCAGUGGACGCCAUCCGUCCAGAACGACAGCGCGUCGGCGUUYUCUCCCAACGAGACGUGGCAGGACAAUCGUCUCUUUGCUGAUGAAGCUCAGGCCACUUUGUUCCUGGGAGCUCUGGACUCCAUCUUCCUCUUCUCGUACGCAGUGGGUCUGUAUCUGAGCGGGGUGAUCGGGGACAGAGUCAACCUCCGUUACGUCCUCUGCUUCGGCCUGUGUGGCUCAGCUGUGGUGGAGUUCCUGUUCGGCACGGUGACCGAAUGGCUCCACGUCUACAACAUCUAUCUGUACUGCAGCCUCUGGGUGCUGAACGGCCUGCUGCAGUCGGCUGUUUGGCCCUGCGUCGUGGCCGUUAUGGGCAACUGGUUCGGCAAGGCGGGGAGGGGUUUCGUGUUCGGGCUGUGGAGCGCCUGCGCCUCUGUCGGCAACAUCCUGGGAGCGUUCCUGGCUUCCAGCGUGCUCAAGUAUGGAUAUGAGUACGCCUUCCUGGUGACUUCUGUGGUGCAGUUUGCCGGUGGGGUGGUGGUGUUCUUCGGCCUGCUCACCUCCCCGAAAGAAAUCGGUUUGAGGGAGUCAGAGACCGGACUCGGCCCRGUUGAGACGGACUCGGACAGCCACAGGCCCCUGAUGAGCGACGAGGAGGUGGAGGAGGAAGAGGAGGAGCACCACGUCAAGMGCUGCGGGUCGGUCCAGCAGCCGGACGAAUCUCCGGACGGUCCUCCRCACGCCAUCAGCUUCUUCCAGGCGUUCUGCCUGCCUGGAGUUCUGCCCUAUUCUUUAGCGUACGCCUGCUUAAAGCUGGUCAACUACUCCUUCUUCUUCUGGCUUCCCUUCUACUUGAGCAACAACUACGGGUGGAAGGAGGCCGAGGCYGACCGCCUGUCUGUGUGGUACGAUGUUGGCGGGAUCAUCGGUGGGACGGUUCAGGGUCUCAUUUCUGAUUUCUUGGGGAAAAGAGCUCCGGUGUUGGCGUUCAGCCUGGCCAUGGCGAUGGGAGCCCUGGUGGGGUACAGCCGAUCGCCCAACGACCAGGUCAUCAACGCCGUCAUCCUGGCCACCACCGGCUUCUUCAUCGGCGGCCCGUCCAACAUGAUCAGCUCGGCCAUUUCCGCCGACCUCGGGAGGCAGGACGCCCUGAGGGGCAGCCAGGAGGCGCUGGCGACCGUCACUGGGAUCGUGGACGGAACCGGAAGCAUCGGAGCUGCUGCAGGACAGUACCUGGUGUCGCUGAUUGAGAGCAGGCUGGGCUGGAUGAGCGUCUUCUACUUCUUCAUCGUCAUGACAGGGGGCAGCAUUGUGUUCAUCACUCCUUUACUCGCUGGAGAAGUUCAAGACUUGUGGAGGCACAGGCGAGCGCUGCGGCGCCAGCUGUGAGCACCUCAAACAUCUGGUCCGGGACCACGCAGCAGGUCUGUUCAGAUCCUUUGGGUUCAGGAUGCAGGAACUCAACAAUCACUGUCGUCUUAAAA